CGACCUUCUAGAAAACACAAUAAUAUCUCCACCUGAUUGACCUCACGGGUGGUAGUUCUCUUCUUCCAAAAUUCCCUCACACCUAGGUCCAAUAGCCGGCGCCCGGUGGCCAGCCACUUCGAAUCGCCUCAAGACACCGAAGCGGUGGAUAUGCAAAUCGUCCCACGAUCUAUUCUUGGGGUCGGCAGAGUUGGCUCCGAUCUGCUUCGCUUGUGCCGGUGCUGGUGCCCUCCAGGGUUUGCGAGACGAGAUGCUCCAGUCAUGGCGUCAGUAUCAGCUCAUCUAAAUCUGGAUCGUCCUUCACAUAUGGAUCGUCUUUCUAGGUCUAUUUACAAACCUUGGAGUCUUAUCCCAUUUGCCUGUAACACUACCAAAUGCAUGGACACAGACAAUCUGAGGACAAAGGUGACUGAUGAGUCAGAGUACCACCCAACAGUGGAUGGUAUAUAUUUCACAAGUGUCCUAACAAAUAGCAGCCACCGUGAUGGCGCUAUAUACAAUAAUAAGCUUAUACAGAAAGAAUUUUUGGAAGUUGAUAUUGCUGACUGUGCUGAGACUCGGUUGGAGCCAAUGAUGUUCUCGAAGCCCACGGAAAGGUGCUUACCCGAUGCGGAAAAUUGUAUGUACCAUUUUCCACAACAGAUAUUCCAAUUUUUCUCGGUGCGGCUGUCCAAAAGUCCUAUCAGCAAUGGCCCAAUACAAUUAUAUGGAUACAUAGCAGCACGGGAUGAGAGGGAUGGCAUGCUUAACUAUGUUGUAAGUUAUAGCAGGGAUGAUCCCAUCGUCGUGCACCAGGGUGAUCUCAUUGAAAUGACUGGCCCCAAAAGAUGUAUCUCAAUGGAUUCCAUUGUUCUAAUAGAGUUUGACAUGAGGAUUAAGAAUGAAGCGCUGGAGGAUGAUGAUCAGCAACUGAUUGAUGGAGCCAUAUCAUGUUCAUGCUACAAUUAUAUAGCAUGGAAACCAGUAGUAAAUCGCAUUACUGGCAGUUCUGGAGCUGUCGACGUAUCUUUAGCUGUUGUUGAGCAUGCGGUGGAAGCUACAAUAGAAGUUGUUAUAUCACAAGUACUGAGUGGUUUAAAUUUAUCUUUAAGUUCUUUUGUUGAUGUUAUGGAUGUCUACGAAGAAAUCAAGCUUUUUAAUGGCAAGAUUGGUCAGUCAGGGUCUCUCAGAAGGUUUGUUGUUUCUGUUUCACAUGGUACUACGAUGCUCUUGAUGUUCAAGUUAGGUAACAAUGUGCAAGGCAGUCUACAUGGAUGUGCCAAUCGACAGAUGAAGUUUCAAGCUAAGCUACAUGGACAUGCCAGUCAACAGAUAAAGCUUAAAUUCGCUACUAUUUCGGUGAAGGUGACUUGGUCCACUAUUGUGGACUAUGUGUCAUCAAUUAGUAUUGUUUAACUGCGUUAAUCUUGUGCUAGACUAGAUGGAUCUGUACGGGUUUUUUUUUGUUUUUUUUUUAAAGGCUGCACUUCUAUGCCUAUUAUAUGUAUACUAGCAAAAUUGCUCGUGUGUUACAGCGGUUUAGUUAAAAGCAUAUUAUUCAAGAUUUAGGUCUAAAAGAAAUGAUUGUUUAUGUUAAAAAAUCAAAUUUUAUUUA